AUGGCUUCUCCUACGCUCAAGCUCGACCCUCAGGCGAAGGUCGCACCUCUUGCGCCCCUCGCCCUUGCCAAGCUCGUCAGCGCCGCCGACGCUGCCCAGUCCAUCACCCUCUCCUUCGAGGACGGCGUGGCUCCCACGCUCCUCCUCCCCAACGCCGCUCCCGUCGAGGGCUACGUCCACAUCGUCCGCGAGCUCGCCUCCUACUACGCACAGCUCGGCCUCUCCGGCGCCGACAAGGACCAGAGCGCCCAGGUCAACCUCUACAUCGGCCAGGGCGACAACCUCGCGCUCGCCAACUUCCAGACCGCAACCGCCAUCGCCGACGACCUCGACCAGCACCUUGCCCUGCGCACCUUCCUCGUCGGCCACUCCAUCACCGCCGCCGAUGUCGCCAUCUGGGCCGCCGUCCGCACGAGCUCGCCCGUGAUCGGCCUCGUCAAGAAGGGCCUCCACAACCACCUCCAGCGAUGGUUCAACCACAUCGACUCGCUCGCGCCCGUCUCGGAUGCGCUCGUCCAGCUCGCCGACGCAAAGGCAGAGAAGUUCAAGAACAAGAAGACCGCCGCUGGCUUCGACCUCUUCCUCAAGGACGCCCAGCAGGGUCAGGUCGUCACGCGAUUCCCGCCCGAGCCCUCAGGCUACCUCCACGUCGGCCACGCCAAGGCCGCCAUCCUCAACCAGUACUUUGCGCGCCAGUACAACGGCAAGCUCAUCAUCCGCUUCGACGACACCAACCCCAGCAAGGAGAAGGAGGAGUUUGAACAGUCCAUCAUCGAGGACCUCGCGCUCCUCGGCAUCAAGGGCGACGUCACCACCCACACCUCGGACCACUUUGACACGCUCUACAAGUACGCCAUCCAGAUGAUCCAGCUCGGCAAGGCGUACGCCGACGACACCCUCCAGGAGCAGAUGCGCGCAGAGCGCAUGGACGGCAUCCCCUCCAAGCGUCGCGACGCCUCGAUCGAGGAAAACAUGACGCGCUUCGCAGAGAUGUCCACCGGCUCCGCCGACGGCCGCAAGUGGUGCCUGCGUGCCAAGCUCUCGUUCGACGACCCCAACAAGGCCAUGCGCGAUCCCGUCAUCUACAGGUGCAACCCAGACGUCUCGCACCACCGCACCGGCACCACCUGGAAGGUGUAUCCGACGUACGACUUUGCCUGCCCCAUCGUCGACUCGAUCGAGGGCGUGACGCACGCGCUGCGUACCAACGAGUACCGCGACCGCAACCCGCAGUAUCAGUGGAUGCUCGAUGCGCUCAGCCUGCGCAAGGUCGACAUCUGGGACUUUGGCCGUCUCAACUUUGUUUACACGCUGCUCAGCAAGCGCAAGCUGCAGUGGUUCGUCGACAACGGCAUCGUCGGCGGCUGGGACGACCCGCGCUUCCCCACCGUGCGCGGCAUCCGCAGGCGCGGCAUGACCAUCGAGACCAUCCAGGAGUUCAUCCUCGCCCAGGGCCCCUCGCAGCAGAUCAUCAACAUGGAGUGGGACAACAUCUGGACGAUCAACAAGCGACACAUCGACCCCGUCGUGCCGCGCUACGUGGCGCUCGACAAGGAGGGUGUGGUCAAGGUGAGCGUCAAGGGCGCACCCAAGCGUCACUCCAAGGAGAUGCCGAGGCACAAGAAGAACGCCGACCUCGGCAACAAGGUCACCGUGUUCGACGAGGUGGUGUACGUCGAGCAGACGGAUGCGCGCUCGUUUGCGCAGGGCGAGGAGGUGACGUUCAUGGACUGGGGCAACGUCAUCAUCGACUCGAAGCAGACCGAUGCGGCUGGCAACGUGCUCUCCAUCGAGGCCACGGCCAACCUGGACGGCGACUUCAAGAAGACCAAGAAGAAGGUGACGUGGCUGGCGCCCAGUGCGUCGGACGCCUCGCUGGUCGACGUGAACCUGCUCGACUUUGACUACCUCAUCACCAAGAAGAAGCUCGAGGAGGAGGACAACUUUGCCGACUUUGUCACGCCCACCUCCGAGUUCCACAGCGUUGCACUUGCCGACCACAACGUGGCUGCGCUUCAGCAGGGUGCAGCCGUGCAGUUCGAGCGCAAGGGCUACUACAUUCUCGACAAGCUUGCUGGCAAGGAUGGCCGGGCCGAUUUCAUCAAGAUCCCCGACGGCAAGGCAGCCACUUCGGCAUCCAAGGUUGCUCCCGAUGUGGAUACGGAGGCCAAGAAGGCUGCAGCUGCCAACGCGAGAGCAGAGAAGGCGGCUGCUAAGGCCAAGAAGGAGCAGGAAAAGGCGGAGAAGAAGGCCAAAAAGGCGUUUGAGAAGGGCGAUGGUGUAGGCGUGGUGGCUGGCAAGGUCAAGGCUGGUGUGGCUGCAGCCACCGCCGGUCUUGCAGGCGCUAUUGCAGCGAGAAACGACACAAAGGACGCCGACGACACGACCAGCAAACACUUCCCCGAGAUCAUCGAUACCGGCAAGGGCAAGAUCAACAUGUACGAGGCGCCCGUCAUCACAACAAACAUCCCCACGCCCGUCACAACCAAAAUGUACUCGAUGAACAAGAUCCUCUAA